AUGUCUGAUCCAUUUUCAAUAAACGGUGGUGCUGCCGUUGCAAUGAUAGGCAAAGAUUGUGUUGCUAUAGCCAGUGACUUACGAUUAGGCUCGCAAUCGCUUGGAGUAUCAAACAAUUUUGAAAAGAUUUUUGAAUUUGGCGAUAAAACCUACAUGGCAUUGACAGGUCUUGCCACUGAUGUGAUAACAUUACAUGAAUUGUUCAAAUUUAAAACCAAUUUGUACAAGUUACGUGAAGAACGAUCAAUUGAACCAUCCACAUUGGCCAACCUCGUGUCAUCAUCAUUAUACGAACGAAGAUUUGGUCCAUGGUUUGUUGGUCCGAUUGUUGCUGGGUUAAGUUCAAAAGAUAAUAAGCCAUUUAUAUGUGGAUUUGAUUCUAUUGGAUGUAUUGAUUUUAGUCAUGAUUUUAUUGUGAGUGGGACGGCAACUGAUCAAUUGUAUGGAAUGUGUGAAGGGUUAUAUGAACCUAAUUUGGAGCCCGAGGAUUUGUUUGAGACUAUUAGUCAAGCUUUGUUGAAUGCUGUCGAUAGAGAUGCGUUGAGUGGUUGGGGUGCUGUGGUGUAUAUUAUUACCAAGGAUAAAGUUGUCAAACGAGUUUUGAAAACUCGUCAAGAUUAG